AUGGAGGAACACACGCCCACGACUCUGUCGCUGAAUAGUGGCUUUGCUAUGCCCCUCGUGGGGUUUGGGACAUACAACAAGCUGCAGGUCAAUGACCAGGUCAUGAUCGACGCCAUGAAGACAGCUAUUGACGUCGGCUUCCGUCAUUUGGACGCGGCGUGGUAUUACAACAACGAGACUGACGUGGGUCAGGCCAUCAAGGAGAAGAUUGAAGACAAAACAGUGACAAGAGAGGAACUGUUUAUCACAUCAAAGCUGUGGUCCAACUUCAUGGCACCGGAACGAGUUGAGGAAGCGGUGAGGAUUUCACUGAACGACCUUGGUGUGUCAUAUCUGGAUCUGUACCUGGUCCACUGGCCUACACCAACAGAGGACUGUCCCGAUGACCGGUCCUUCAGUUCUCCAGUGCACGACAACAAGAUUGAUUAUCUGGACACGUGGAAGGUAGGUCAGAGGCUGAAUAUGAACCCGAUUAUCCAAAUGGACAGACGACAUCAAUAG